UGUACCAAGGGAGCAGUUCCUCGCACUGGCCAGGGUUGGCGGGCAAGGAACGACGCUUGUAAGGGACUGGCAUCGCCAAAUUAGGAGCUCAAAGACAUGUCAUUCCAGCGGCGACAGUGGUGGCCACAGCUGGACGCGGCGACAAAACACUUGUCCAAGCCAUGCAAAGUCGCCUCGUUGAUCCGUUGAAUACCGUAGCCGGGUCAUCGGGCAAGGUGCUUCAGGUACCGAACGUGGCAAGCGCAGCUGUCCACGGUGUUGCCAGUACUGGGGAGAAAGGCGAGAAGAGGGGACGCGCGAGGAGGCAGGAAGGAAAGAGCAGAAGAUGGACCGUACUCCGGUGGCCGCCGCCGCCGCCGACGAGCUUCUCGCAAAGAUUGCGGCAGGCGGACGACUUGGACGCAAAGUCGAAGUUGUGGACGGACGGAAAGACAUUCUGGGGGACAGAACCUGGUCGCCUAAUCGCCGAAGUUGUGCACCCUUGCGCAGACUACUACUGUGCGAUCGUGGAUGGUGACGCUAGCGCCAACACUCUCGCAGGCCUAAUCAUGCUAACGAAUGACGUCCCCCGCUUCCGGAUCGAAGAUCCAACACAGCGCGAUCCAACUCUUCGUAGGGCAAGAAAGACGGCGAACGUGGCCAUGCGCGUGAUCCACGGGUGGAUCUUCAGGUCCCCUUCCAGAGUCAAUGGUUUCGCCCGCGCGGAGUCGUAUGUGUCAGUGGACUACCCGACGGAUCUGGCGAACACAGUGUGGAAGUCCCUGGAGUGGUCGAGGGUGGUUUCUCCCAGUGUUGUUUAUCACACGCUCGCCCUCAAGAUGGACGUUCCGUUGUGGUAUGUCGGGGCGUACAUCCACGACAGGCCGGAGGGCGGUGACAUGGCUGCCCUUCAAGAGUCCACGGUCUUGCAUUUGGCGUCCUGCUUCCAAGAUGCAUUUGGCGGCCAGUGGUCCGAGAACGGGAAGAUGUCCCAGUCCAAGCUGAAUAGAAUCGGGGACGCAUUCCGCCUUUUUCUCGCCGCCAACAUGUAGAUCACGUCGUUCUCACUAUGAGGCGUCGUACUACUCGCAGUUCGUCGCGAAGCCGACACUGCUGGCAGCGGGGUCGCAAACAUUCAACUGCCGC